AUGUCUAAUUCCCUGGAACAACAAUUUGGGGACCUUAACUUGUCACAGGAGGAUCAUGAUCAAAUUUUUGAACAAGAAGAUCAUCAAGACCAAAGCCGGUCAAGGAUUCUCAUCAGUGGGCUAUCAAUGCACGCUCGCUUCGACACCAUCGAGCCACUACUAUUACAGUAUGGCAACGUGCAACAAUGCGACAAAAUCAACUCACGCGAUGCCAACACCCAAGCGGUGUACAUUACAUUCGAGACCCCGGAGCAGGCGCAGCAAGCCAUCAACGGUCUGAACGGAUGCGAAGUCGAGGGCGCUCGUAUAAAGGUAGAGGCGGCGGAUGGUAUGGCGAGGGGUGGACGGCGCGGUCGACCAGGCGGCGGUCGCGGCGGUGGCGGCGCCCUCGGGGGCGGCUCGCGUCCAACUGAUUUUCCUCUUCGCCUCCUCGUUCAGAGCGACAUGGUUGGAGCCAUCAUCGGCCGUCAGGGAAGCACCAUCCGCCUCAUCACUCAGCAGAGCCGCGCCCGCGUUGACGUCCACCGUAAAGAUAAUGUCGGCUCCCUAGAGAAAGCCAUCACCAUAUACGGCAAUCCAGAUAAUUGCACGAAUGCCUGCAAAAGGAUACUUGAAGUUAUGCAACAGGAAGCUAACAACACUAAUAAAGGUGAAAUAUGCCUUAAAAUAUUGGCUCAUAAUAACUUGAUUGGUCGCAUAAUCGGCAAGGGUGGCAACACAAUCAAGCGAAUAAUGCAGGAAACUGAUACCAAGAUUACUGUAUCGUCCAUAAAUGAUAUAAACAGUUUUAAUUUGGAGCGAAUCAUAACUGUGAAGGGUACCAUUGAGAACAUGGCUAAAGCGGAGUCACAAAUUUCGGCCAAACUGCGCCAAAGUUACGAAAACGAUCUGCAGGUGCUGGCGCCGCAGAGCAUAAUGUUCCCUGGGUUACACCCAAUGGCAAUGAUGUCUACGGGGCGCGGAUUUUGUGGUGCGCCGCCUCCUUUCCCACCGCCUAUAUAUGCGCCGCUGGCCGGCCAAGGCGGCGCGCAACAAGGUGCUGGCGACUCGCAGGAAACGACCUAUCUUUAUAUACCGAAUAAUGCUGUGGGUGCAAUAAUUGGCACAAAGGGAUCACAUAUACGCAACAUAAUUAGAUUCAGCAAUGCUUCUGUAAAGAUUGCCCCUCUCGAGCAAGAUAAGGUUAUUGAAGGUGUGCCAGGAGCUGGUGCAGUUGCAGCCCCAGGCAGCGUGGCUGCGCAACAGGAGAGGAAAGUGACUAUCGUAGGAAGUCCUGAGGCACAGUGGAAGGCGCAGUAUUUGAUCUUCGAGAAGAUGCGUGAGGAGGGAUUCAUGUCUGGCUCUGACGAUGUCCGGCUGACUGUGGCGAUAGUGGUUGCGUCGUCGCAGGUCGGCCGCAUCAUUGGCAAGGGAGGGCAGAAUGUCCGUGAGCUGCAGCGCGUCACUGGAUCGCUCAUCAAGCUGCCCGAACAGCCGCAGCCGCCGAGCGCCGCUGGCAACGACCACGAGACUACCGUACACAUCGUCGGCCACUUCUACAGUGUCCAGUCUGCGCAGCGACGCAUCCGCUCGAUGGUAGCGCAGGCGUCGGCUCCGGGUCGCCACCGACGCGCCGCCCCGCCGCCGCCGCCGCCCGCGCAGCAGUAG